AUGGCUGCGCCUAUGAACAGUGGAGAGUCGGACAUGGUUACUGAAGAUUUCCGCUUGAAUUUGUCGCCCUUACUUUCCCCUAGGAGGUCGCAGCUGUGCUUGACUCCGUCGCCGCCACCGUCUUUCCUACCUUCGUCCAGUUCAAUGGUCAUGCAGUAUCAAGGGUCUACCCAAUCCAUGGACGAUCCGCCACAAAAUCAAGAGCACGAUGACAUCGUCAACCCAGCACCGUACGUGGCCGGAGACUCGGCGUUGUUGCAGCAGCUACAUAAGAACUGGAGCGAGGCGUCAGAUUGGAGGCCAAAAGGAGGGGGGAUUACGACGAUGAACAAUCAGGGCUUUGAAGAAUCGAAUAUGGGUUUUGAGGAAUCCAUGGAGAUGACGACCUGUUUCUAUUUCCCUCCGUCGCCCACAAAUUUUCCUCUGUAUCGGCCGAUGCCAAGUGUUUUUUUCGUUUCUAGAGAACAGGAGAACGAAAGCUUGGCGUUGCCUUAUCGGCACAUACUUGAGGACAAGAGCUGUGCGUUGCAUGUGAUCAACUGGGAGGAAGGCCAGAACAUCUUCGACCUGCUGGGAGGAAAGCCAGAACAUAUGUUCGGUGAUUUGCAUGAAAUAGCAAGGGCGGCGGGCGUGGUGCCCAAAGGCGUGGAGUCGUUGGUGCAUAACAUAGUGGGUGUGGACAUCGAUGAGAGAGAAGCGACAUUAAGGUGGAUCAACUGGUUGGAAAAACACGACGAGGCCAUCGUUGGCCAGCCGGUCUACGAACAAGUGGGUGUGAUGCAGCAACUAAUUCAGAACUGGGGCGGUGAGUUGGAUGUGAUCUUAGGAGGGGUAGUUUACACGGUCAAUGGGCUAGAAUGCAUGGACGGUCAAGGCUCGCCUACGACUCCGGAUACAUUGCUUAUUUGUCAGGCCAAGGUCUCCACAAGAGUGUGGCUGAGACACGGUGGCCAAUGGACGGCCGAGGUUCGUUGCAGAUUGAAUCGCCUCAACAUUGGCAGUUUCACAACCGUUGAGGAUGCCAUCUCAACUUAUGAGGUGGUAGCAAGGUGGAGUGGAUGGAUGGAUCCUACUGAUUUCCCUGGACUCUUUGGAAAUGAAAAUAUAUCAAAACUGCCACUGCAGUUGCCACUUAUAGCACAAGAAUUGAACCCAGUUGAGGUAGUUGGAACUGGUAAUGAGGGAACAAGGGAUUGUAUAAUGGCAAAUCAGGCUCGGUUGAAUUCCCGGUGUUUGGGAAAAAGGAAAACAAAGGAAAAUAACCCAGGGGGAGAGAUAAGAAGCAAGAAAACAAAUGGAGUUAGAAUAGCCAUUCCUCUGGAGGAUAUCUUACAAACCAAGGGAAUGAGUCUUAAAGAAGCUGCAAAUCAUAUUGGAGUUACCAUCGCCGAACUGAUGAGUUCUUGUCGGAAAUAUGGUAUCCAAAUAUGGUCACCCCGCAAUGAACACAAGCUUAUCAUGCAAUCUCACCCCGACAAAACUCUUGCAGUUGUCGAUCAAGAAGUCAUCCCACAGUUGACUUCUCAUAAUGUGCCUUCUGAUCAAGCCUUUAUGGCUACCGUUGACAUAAAUAGUGUUAUUGAAAAGGAAAUUCUGCUGAUGUUUUGGCAAUGA